UAUAGGUUAAACUACGACUUCACAUUUUUGGAAAAUUCGAAUAAAUUUCCACCACAACUAGGGUGAAAAUACGUACACGUACGUCCCCAUUGUAUAAUAACGAGCGAUUAAACUUAGAAAAACAAGAUGUCUGUUGCGGAAUACUGCGAAAAAUUUACAACUUGGGUGAAUUGGGCGAAGUCACCGAACCGUACCCCGACUUGUAAAGUUUGUCCGGAUUUCACCCCAUCGAAUUUUCUUAUGGGACACCACGCCAGACGUCACCGCUCCUCGUCAAUGCCUUUCAACUGCGAAAAAAGUGACAUUGAAAUCUACUACUGCAAGGAAUGCAAUUUCCAAACAGAACUGACCCUGCUGUUCAAACAACACGUCGAAACCUAUCACUGCAUUAAACGAGAGAACGACGAAGAUUCGGACUACAUCGUCAGAAAUUAUAUUUGUGACAAGUGCAAUUUCGAAACCCACUUUUCAAUUAAGUGGCUUCAACAUAGUGCAGCGUGUCUGAGGAACGAAGACAAUUCUCGCAGUUCGGUCAAGGCUAGUGAAAAGACAAAACUGACGUGGUAUCGGUGUGAUCAGUGCGAGCACAAGUGCAAAGACAAGUACAAUUUGAAGCUGCACAAAAUCGCGAAGCACUUGGACAGUGACGAAAUCCAGUGGUACCACUGCCUGAACUGCCCAUACAAAGCUAAACUAAAAAAAUGUUUAAAAAGCCACAUAUAUUCGGUGCACUUCAACGAAGACAGUAUAAACUGGCACAAGUGCCCAAUGUGUCCGUAUAAAGGUAAAAGAAAAAGCGAUUUGAAAAGUCACCUAAAAAGGCGUCACAGACCGGAAAUUAAAUGGUACCAAUGUACAAUGUGCCCCUACAGGACCCAACGAAAUUUCGCUUUAAAACGUCACAUAAACAGCUACCAUUCGCAAGGACAGUACGUUAAAUGGUACGAAUGCACCCAGUGCUUAUUUAAAGCUAAACAAAACUCCAGCUUAACGCGUCACAUAAACAUGAAACACUUAGACGAAAAGGACGUCAAGUGGUAUGAAUGUGACAAGUGCCCGUAUAAAGCUAAAGAGAAAGGAAAUUUAAACAGACACAUAAACGCGCGCCAUUUGAGUGAGCAUGAAAUGAAAUGGUACGAAUGUACGCAAUGCCCAUACAAAGGUAAAGAAAAAACGACCUUAAACACGCACAUAAAAGCGCGCCAUUUGGACGAAAAGGACGUUAAAUGGCACGAAUGCCAAUACUGUCCAUACAAAGCUAAACAAACGGGGACUUUAAAAAAACACGUGACGGCGCGACAUUUGCACGAAAAAGAUAUAAAGUGGUUUGAAUGCGCGCAGUGUCCGUAUAAAGCCAAGCAGAACAUUCUGUUGAAACGUCACACGAUUUUGCGUCACUUGAAUGAGCAAGAUAUUCAGUGGUAUGAGUGUAAGGAGUGUACAUAUAAAGCUAAAGACAAGCUAUAUUUAAAAGAGCACGUGAUUGCGCGGCAUUUAACUGAUGAGAAUAUUAAGUGGCAUAAGUGCAAGCAGUGUUCGUAUAAAGCUAAAACUGCAGCUGGUUUAAAACACCAUGUGGAUAGGCACCAUAUGGAGGAAAAGGAUAUUAAAUGGUAUUAUUGUAAACAGUGUUCAUAUAAAAGUAAAAUUAGGUGUAAUUUUAAGAAACAUUUGAGCAGGCAGAAGCAUUGGAGUGAAGAGAAUGUCAAUGUAAAGGGUGCAAAUUUGAAUUUGUUGUGAAGUUUUGAAGUUGCAGUUGAUAAUAAAUGUGUUCCAAACUUUGUAAA